GUUUCAUGGAUAUAGCACAUCAAGACAGCACAUUUUCGGCUUCUUUUGUAAAUUUUAUUAUUAAGAGUAUCGAAGAAUAAUCAUUGAAAAUUUUAUUUAUCUAUAAACUGUGACGAUGGAGCCGGAAUCACGACGAAAGGGUCCAAGGAGCCCCAGUGCUGAUUCUGAUGACUCCUCUCAUAGGAGAAGAUCUCGAAAAUACGAUAGAGAUCGAUCGCCUUCUCCUCGAAGACCAAGAUACAGAAGAUCGAGGUCAAGAGACAGAAGAUCAGAUUCAAGAGAACGACGUAGAAAAGAAUCAAAUCGUGCUCCAGAUUGGAAUAAACCAACACCUCAAAAUCAAUCACAGCCUACAACCAACGCCGGACCUGGAUAUGUUCCUCCAGUUCAUAAUCAAUAUCAGGCACCACCACCUCCUAAUACAAGUCAACCACCACCACCCAUACAGCCGUAUAAUCAAGGCUACAACUAUAACUACAAUUAUAAUCAGGGAUAUGACUACGGGUAUCAGCAACCAACUGGUUAUCGAAGUGAUUAUCCACCACCUAAUUGGCAAGGAGGUCAAGUUCCUUACAAUAAUCAACCAACUCAACCACCACCUGCAAUGGCUCCGACACCUGAAGCUCCACGGCCUGUAGAACCAGCUCCUCCUGAUUUCGGAGCUGUUUCCAGACCUGAAGAUGCUAAAAAAGAAGCAAUUGCAGCAGAAAUGAAACAACAACAAGCUACUCUAUCAAAACAACGCGAGGAGUAUGUUAAAAAGACCAUGACUUUGCAGCGAGAGUUGGAAAUUUUACGUCAACAGUGUGAUGAAAUAGGAAAAGAAGGUGGACGUGAAAAUAAUCGAAUAGUUAAAGAAAAUCAGAAACUUCAGGUUGAAAUUCAAACUAAAAUGAAAUCAAUCCAUAAUGUUAUUGAUAUGCUAACGGGAAUAAUUGGUGAUAAAGCAACAGUAGAUGAAUUGAAGAAUAAAUUCAAAUCUGAUUUACCAUUAAAACGAUCACGAAGUCCCAAAGAAGAAUUUCCUAAAGCCAAAGUUAUGGAGUCUCCAGAUAAAUCAUCUGGUUCAGAUACUGAGAGAGAUAGUAAAAAUGAUCGGAAAUCAUCACGUAUUGCUGACGAAGAUAAGCCAAUUUAUAAUUUCGUACAUUAUGAUCCUGAAAUGCAUUGGUGCAAAGUCUGCGAUAUUUUUCCUAAAACAGCUAAAGAAUAUUUAAACCAUCUUCAUUCAAAUGAACACAAAGAAGCUUGUUUGGAACGCAAGAUUGUGGAUAUGCCAUGGCACAAACGCAACGGCGAGGGAACUGAAAAAGAAGUACCGUAUUAUCCUGGUCUACCAACAAAAAGGACACCAAUAAAAGGAUUGCAAUUCUUCAGCCCGGCUACUGCUUGGUAUUGUAAACUCUGCGACUCCUGGAUAGGUGAUCUGCACUGUGCGAGUCUUCAUCUUAAGUCAAAACGUCACUCUGAAAAUUAUUCUCGAUUCGUGGAUCAAAAUCCACACUGGGAAACUGAUUGGAUGGCUGAUCGUGAGAAAGCUUUUUCUGAAGAACGCCAAAAGCAAAUGCAGAUGGAACUUCAAAAGCAGAAAGAGGAUGAGCCUUCAACAAAGCCUAAAAAAUCAAAAAAAUCAAAGAAGAAUAAAAAAAAAUCAAAAAAACGAAAAAACAAAAGUAGCAACAGUGAUAGUACUAGUGAUUCUGACAAUUCUGAAUCCGAAUCUGAUCAAGAUACAUCUAAAAGUAUUCGUGUAGCAAUGAGAAACAAAAUGAAAUCUUCAACUCAAGCUAUUUUAAAUGAAGAAAUCGAUUACCAUGGUAUUAAACUUAAAGGGCACUGGGUUACCGGAAAUAAAUCCUUAAAUCCAGAAGCUCCAUCACAAGAGAACGAUGACCGUCAGUUAUUAAAUUCAAUUAGAGAUAAAUUAAAAGCUAAACAGGAAGAAGAAAUGAAAAGUCGAAGAAUAAGUUCUGAUCAAAUGCAAGUUGAACCAGAAGAUGAUAAAUAUGCACACAAACCUGAUCUUGGUGUUGAAGCUUGGGGUCCAAAAGAACCUCCUAAAUCAUUUUGGAUCAAAAAAGACGAAGAGAAGCAACCAAUAGCUACAAAACAAGUAGACAUUCCAAAACCUGAAGAAAUGCCAAAACCUCAUAUGGGUUUUUGGACAAAACAACAAGUAAAUAUGACUGUAAAACCUCAUGAAAAAUCAUCCGAUAAAGAAGAUGAUCGUGAUCGUGAUCGUGAUCGACAUAAAGAUGAUCGUGACAGAAAGUAUGACCGAAGAGAUGACAAGUAUCAUAGCAGAUAUGAUAAUUAUGAUAGACGACGAGGACGAGAUAGGGAUCGUGACAGAGAUCGUGAUUAUUAUGACGAUCGAAGAAAAGAUCGUAGAGGAGAUGAUUCUCCACGCCGUGAUAGAGGAUGGAGAGAUAGUCCAAAGAGGGGUUAUGAUAAGUACAAAGAUAGAAGAGAUGACGAAUCGAAUGAUGAAUCGAAGUAUGAUAAAAAAUCGAAUGACUCAAAAACAAAAAAAGGUCAGGCUCCAAUGAAGAAACAGACUCCACAAUCCAAUAAGGGAAAACUUCCAUUUAUUGGACGAUUACCUCUAUUCAAAAAAAAGGGCGAUGAUCUUAAAGGAGGAGAAAAAGACAUUACACCUUUGCCUUACACACAAAGUAAGUUUGAAGAUACUCCUAAGGUUCCAAGUGAAAUAAUUAAUCCGCCAGGCGUAGUUCACAUCACAAAAUUAGCUACUCCAGUAACAAUGAAUAACUCAGUGCCCCCCGCAAAAACACAGCAGUCUAUGAAAAUUCUUGUUGCUCCACCACCACCAGUUUUGAAUUCCAACGCAUCGAAAACAAGUGCAGUCCCAGCACCAGCUACUGGAGUUGUUGAUAUGGAAAUUGAGGAUCAAUCUGAAGAUACAAUAAUUGAAGAGCCUACAACUGAAAGUGCAGUACCUAAAUCUGAAACUACAGAAAAUUCUAAUUCUAAAAUUGAAGCUCCUUCGGUUACAACUGGAGCUGAUACUGCAAAUACUAAUGUUUUUGCUCCAAGUCGACCUCCACCUUUCAUUCCUACUAAUCCACCACCAUUUGUUCAAAAUCCUCCUCGAUAUCCAGUGCGACCACCAACGGUUACAAUGUCUACUUAUACACAUCCACCGCCAAUGCAAACAGCAUAUGUUCAAGCCCCAACUCCAAUGCCUCCGAUGAUACCGAUGGAGACGCCAAUUAUAGAUGGAACAGAAGUUGUUCCAGAACCUGAAAAACGUUCGACGGACCCAAGCACUCCACUUCCAGAAGAUUUACAAGAAGCUUUAAAUAUAAUUUUCCCUAAAGAUGAAGCAGAAGCUAAAAAAGAGGCUCAAUUGGACAAUCAUAUAAUGUAUGCCACGAUGUAUAGUAGCAUGCUUGGAUGUGUUGGAUAUGGGCCUGAAUAUAUGGAUCAACCUCCACCGGAAAUAACACAAGCUGAUACCGAAACUGAUACACAACCUGGACCUGAUGAUCUAAAAAUGCUUGGUAUUGACGAAGGCGAUACAAUAUUUUAAUAAACUGUUUUUCUUGCAUCAGUAGAGUAUUACAAAGUAGUUUUUUGAAAUAAGAACUCAAAUCAUUAAAAAUGAUAUGUUUGAUUGAUCGUAAAUAGUUUAAUGAAAGUGAGGUACGAUAAAAAAAAAAUUACUAUGGGUGAUGUAAUGAUUUCAUUAGAUACAUUGUA